AUGCGUGUCUCAGAUCCGUCAAGCCUUGCCAUCUCCCCUGAUGACUCGUGCGACAUUUGCCUUACGGUCGUGACAGAUUCCGAGUGUGACAAGUAUCCAGCGAAACAACAUGCGCGCAGGGUCGCUGCCAAACUAGGGGCCCGCGACGGCCUUAUCUAUCUCGUCGGCAAAGCUACCAUAAACUGGGGCGACUCAGACCAACCGCGGCCCUUCCGACAGAGACGCUACUUUUACUACUUGAGUGGCAUAGACGAAGCGGAUUGCUACCUGACAUACGACAUUCGCAGCGAUUUCUUGACUCUUUAUGUUGCGAACUUUAGCUUGCACAACGCGAUAUGGAUGGGCCCUACACUGACUGUGGAUGAGGCACGACAGCGGUACGAUGCGGAUUGCUUUCGCUACUAUGAUUCUCUACGUCAUGACCUGAGGAGAUGGGUGGACCAAUACAACAAACACAGCCCGAUCUAUAUCCUGCACAGUUCGCAGAGGCCUGAAAUCGUGUCGGACCAGCUCCGGCUGGAUGAUGAGUCAUUGAUACCUGCAAUGGAUGCUGCCCGCGAGGUGAAGGACGAAUACGAGAUCCAAAUGAUACGUCAAGCCAACAAAAUAUCUGGCCUUGCACAUCGAAGGAUUCUCGAGAACAUACACCGCAUGUCGAAUGAGAGUGAAAUCGAAGGACUGUUCUUGGACGCAUGCGUGUCUCAUGGGGCCAAGAACCAGGCUUAUGAAAUAAUUGCCGGAUCUGGCCCCAAUGCAGCCGUGCUACAUUAUGUGAGAAACGACGAACCUCUCAGCGGGAGACAGCUCGUCUGUCUUGAUGCAGGCGCAGAAUGGGACUGCUAUGCGAGUGACGUCACCCGCACCUUUCCAUUGGGACAAGAGUGGCCGAGUGUGUAUGCAAAAGACAUAUAUGCCAUCGUAGAGGAGAUGCAGGAAGAAUGCAUCCGACGUGUUAGGCCGGGUGUGCGAUUCCGGGACUUGCAUGAGCUCGCACAUGCCAUUGCCAUCAAAGGACUCCAAAAGCUCGGAAUCCUCGGACGCGGAACCGUAGAAGAAAUCCGUCGAUCCGGAGCGUCUUCAAUCUUCUUCCCCCAUGGUCUGGGCCACCAUGUAGGACUGGAAGUCCAUGAUGUGUCCGCACAGCCGAUAACGGCGAAUGGACGUUGGAUCAGGGAAUUCGUACCACAAAUGAGCACGCCACUCCUUCAGGAGGGGAUGGUGAUUACUAUUGAGCCUGGGGUGUACUUCAACAAGCUUGCGUUGCAGAAUGCGCAACUGUUGCCGCUGGCGAAGUAUAUCAACUUCGAGAAGACUGAGCAGUAUACCCCUAUUGGCGGAGUGCGCAUUGAGGACGAUCUUUUAGUCACUGGCACAGGGUACGAGAACUUGACCACCGCACCAAAGGGCGAGGAGAUGUUCGAGAUUCUGCGUGGCCGCGGAAAACAAUAA